AUGUGUGUUGAAUUAUUAAUUGUGAUCUCUGUUGAUGGUGUUGAAGCUGUUAUCCCCGUUGUUACUCAAGAUCAGGCAAAACAGAGUCGGAAAAUAAGGAAAUUAUUGUUGGAUAAGAAGAAAUCUAAUUUAGCUGGAUGUUCAUCAGCUGUUAUUCCCAUUGUUAGUCAAGAUGAGGCAAAACAAAGUCGUAAAAUAAGGAAAUUAUUAUUGGAUAACAAGAGGUGUAAAUUACAUGGACAAUUAUCAGAAGAUGUCACUAAUAAUGCCACAACAAAUGAUUCGAUAACAACUCAUGAAAACAGCCGAUUAAGGGAAGAUAUUUUGGAUAGCAAAAGAUCUGAUACGAGACACAUCAUAUCAUACACCAAUAUAAAUUUACUGCCUUCUUCUCCAACCGAGUCAAUUCCAAAUGUCAUCUCUAAUGUUACAGAAACCACACCAUUGAUGCCAACAAGUAAUGUUAGUUUUAUUACUAACAAUGUCACUCAACCAACAAACUGUACUUCGCGUCAUAUUUCUUUUAACCUGACAUCAUUCACCGGCACCUCCACUAUGCUUCAAAAUUCAUCUUUGGAAAGGUUGUCAUCCGGAAAACGAAAGUUAAUUAGCACACCACGAAUUACAUCUCCAAUACCAAUUAUGGAUUUCAAUACAGAGGAAAUCGUAGAUCAAGAUCCGUUCAAGGGUCUCUCAAAAGAAAAAGGAAGAGGAAGAAGAAAGGAUGGGAAAAUGUGUUAUUUCUUAUGUUGUUCUUACGGCAUAGUAGAGCUUCCAGAUUACAAAGAUGCCAGAGGAAGUUAUCGUAUCCUAUUUAGUAAAAAAAAUAAUGAAAGCAAGCAUUUUUUGAAGAAUAUUCGCCGUUACAAUUCCAUGUUCGCAUUUACUUCAAUGGGUGGUAAGGUUGAUUCAACGGUUAAUAGAGGCAAUGCUCCUUUUUGCUUUAGAAUUAGUAGAGAAAAUUACCAUUCAAUUGGAAGUCUUAUGCCCAACAACGGAGCGCAACCAAAAUUUUGCCAACUAUACAUAUAUGAUACCGAGAACGAACUUACAAACAGGCAAGCGAUAUUUAGUCGUUCAGAGGAUUCAUCGUCUUCUUAUUCUGCUACUCUUGAUCGUAAGUUAAUAGAACAUAUAAAAGAUGUUUUAGAUAACGACAAUGAGUUGGUCAAAACUUACAGAAGAGCUAGGGAUUUUCUUCAAGACAGCCCUCAUGUAAAUUUGAAGCUUCGCCUAAUCGGAACAAGAGAAAAAGAUGGUCGGAGGUAUAACUUACCAACGGCGGGUGAGAUUGCCGAUCUCAUUGUUGGAGAUAUAGAAAAUGUAAUUGACAAUAGAGAUAUUGUUGUUGAGACUCAAACUGGUACACUGAAGAGAAUUAGUGAGUUGCACCCGUCAUAUCUCGCACUACAGUAUCCGAUUUUGUUUCCGUACGGAGAUGAUGGCUACAGAAUUGAUAUCCCUCACAGAGGUGUCAUUGAUGUUGUUAAUAAGAAACGUCCAAAUUGUACUAUGAGAGAGUUCUUUGCUUAUCGUAUGCAGGAUCGGAUAAAUCAGUUUUCGUUAAUCUUGAAUUCUAGGAGGUUAUUCCAGCAGUUCUUGGUUGAUGCUUAUACUAUGAUAGAGAUUGUUUACACAAUCGAGUUUCAAAAACGUGGUUUGCCUCAUGCCCAUUUAUGCUUAUUCAUGGAGCCUGAAUCGAAAUUACCUACGGUGGACCAUGUUGAUGGAUUUAUAUGCGCAGAAAUACCUGACAGAAAUCAAGAUCCAGAAUUAUUCAUGCUUGUGAAAGAAUAUAUGAUACACGGUCCAUGUGGUAAUGCUAGGUUGAGUUCUCCAUGUAUGGUUGAUAGGAAGUGUUCAAAAGGCUUUCCCAAAGACUUUCAAGAUCAUACUACACUAUAUUCAAACGGGUUUCCUUUAUACAGAAGGAGAAACAAUGGCGCUUUUGUUGCCGCUUCGAUAAAGUAUCUGUUUAAAUACAUUAAUAAAGGACCUGACCGAGCGACUAUAGCUGUUGUUCAAAGCGAUAAUCAAUCUGACGAACAAGUACAAGACGAGAUAAAAGAGUAUUACGAUUGUCGAUAUAUAUCAGCUUGCGAAGCAUCUUGGAGGAUAUUUGCCAAUGAAGUGCAUUAUAGACGACCUUCUGUUAUGAGACUUCCGUUCCAUCUACCUGGCCAACAACCUGUUGUUUUCGGACCUGAUGAGGAUAUUAACUAUGUUCUAAACAAACCAUCUGUUAAAUCUUCAAUGUUUCUCUCAUGGAUGGAACGUAAUAAAGACCCAAAUGACACGUUGGCCCGUACACUUACAUAUGUUCAGUUUCCCAGUUUUUAUGUUUGGAAGCUUGAUAAGCGAGUAUGGGAACCUAGACAAAGGAAAACAGCUAUUGGCAGGAUUCAUUCCGUACCUCCGUCACUUGGUGAAGCUUAUUUUUUGAGAAUUCUGCUUAACAAGGUCAGAGGACCAACAUCGUUUGAUGACAUUAAAACAGUUAAUGGUCAUGUUUACGAUACAUAUAGAGAUGCUUGCUACGCGCUCGGUCUUUUGGAUGAUGACUCCGAGUAUGUGGAGGCAAUAAAGGAAGCAAGUUUAUCAGGAAGCGCUUCAUAUAUUCGUAAUUUAUUUUGUACCAUGCUGUUAUCCAGUAGUCUUUCUAGACCUGAGGUUGUUUGGGAAAGUUCAUGGAAAUACAUGACAGACGAUUUUUUAUAUAGACUUCAGAAAUACCAUCGAGUUACAGCGUUAUCAAUUCCGGAGCACCAACUGAAAAACUAUGCUUUGUGCGAGAUUGAGAAGUUUUUACUGCGAAAUAAUUCAUCCUUGCGAAGAUUUCAAACAAUGCCAUUUCCAGAUAUGUCGUCUUCAGGCAGUUCAGAUAGUCGUUUGAUAUUCGAGGAGCGGGCCUAUGAUAUAACACAUCUUGGAAAUCUCUACGAUAGUCAGUUGACAAUGUUAACUGAUGAACAACGCUCUGUCUUUGAAGAAAUUAUGGCAGCAGUGAAUGGUGAUAACGGUGGGAUUUUUUUCCUUUACGGCUAUGGUGGAACAGGUAAAACUUUUCUAUGGAAGACAUUGUCCGCUGCAAUUAGAUCAAAAGGUCAAAUCGUCUUAAAUGUGGCUUCAAGUGGAAUUGCAUCGUUGUUGUUAGAUGGUGGCAGGACUGCACAUUCGAGGUUUCACAUACCUUUGAAUCUUACUGAAGACUCUGUAUGUAAUAUAAAACCAGAAAGUGACGUGUCUAAAUUAUUGCAUGAGACGAAAUUAAUAAUUUGGGAUGAAGCACCUAUGGUACACAAACAUGCAUUCGAAGCGCUGGAUAGAACAAUGAAUGACGUUUUCAACAUCGACCCAUCUCUCAAUUCAGACAUCUGGUUUGGAGGUAAGGUAAUUGUUUUUGGUGGCGAUUUCAGACAAAUAUUACCUGUUGUUCCAAACGGUGGAAGACAAGAGAUUGUUAAUGCCUCAUUAUGUUCGUCUUACUUGUGGAGUAAAUGUAAAUUGCUAAGAUUAACAAGAAACAUGAGGUUAACCGUUGGACGGUCGACGACAGAUAUUGAAGAAAUAAACAGUUUUGCCAAAUGGCUUUUGGAUUUGGGUGAGGGUAAUGUUGGUGGUCCAAAUGAUGGGGAAGCAACUAUUCAAAUACCACAAGAUCUUCUGAUUACUGAUGAAUCUGACCCAAUUGCAAGUUUAAUUGAUUUUGUUUAUCCAUCAAUCUUGCAAAACAUCAACAACCAUAAUUAUUUUAGUGAGCGCGCUAUACUUGCACCGAAGAAUGAUGUUGUGCAUGAGAUUAAUGACAGGUUACUCUCAAUGUUUCCUGGUGAAGAAAGAGAGUUGGUGCUAAAAGUUGGUGUUCCAGUAAUGUUAUUACGAAAUAUUGACCAACGGAAUGGUUUGUGCAACGGUACAAGGCUACAAGUAAAAAAGUUGUACAACCGUGUAAUAGAAGCCGAGAUAAUAUCUGGUGCAAAUAUUGGUACUUCUACAUAUAUACCUCGAAUUAAUUUGAUCCCUUCUGAUAAAAAGAUUCCUUUUGCUUUUCAAAGGAGGCAAUUUCCACUUUCCGUAUGUUUUGCGAUGACAAUAAACAAAAGUCAAGGCCAGUCGCUUUCAAGAGUUGGUUUGUACCUGAAACAACCCGUCUUCUCUCAUGGUCAAUUGUAUGUUGCUUUAUCAAGGGUGAAAACAAGAGAUGGGGUCAAACUACUCAUACUUGACAACAAUGGAAAACCGACAGAUAAAACAAGUAAUGUUGUUUAUAAAGAGAUUUUCAACGAAUUAUAA